UUUUUGUUGAUUGAGCAUUGUGCCUCGAUGCUUGUCAGGGGGAGGGUUCUCUUGCGCACUCAGGUUCCAGGGAUGAAGGUGAAAAGAUCCAUCUUGCCAAGCCGGAGCAAUGCACGGCAAUGCAGUUUGCCAGGGCUCCAGGGGUGUUUCGCGCUUGCCACCGCCAAAUAUGCUACGCAAUCAUGAUGCCGUGUUCUGAAGUAUCGUUUUUGGCUCCUGUCCAGCGGCCAGCGAGAGAGAGAGAGAGAGAGAGAGAGAGAAGCAGAGAGAGGGCCUGCCAUGGGCCGACCGCGGCAAAGUGGGAGGAGCCGGGGCGUCAAGGCCAAGGCCAAGCCCCAGGCCGCUCGAGCUCAGAGCUCCCAGCCACAGCCGCGCAAGGCCAGAAGAGGGAAGAGAAAGGCAGAGGCACCAGUCUCAGAAGUGUGGGACGAUGAGGAUGAUGCAGAAAUGUGGGAAGAGCCGGAUGUAGUCUCGGAAGAGGAGUUGGAAGAAGACUCCAGCGAGGCUGAGGUUUGCGGCCCGUCACUUGCAGGUGGCAACAGCGAGGCAGACCGGGUGUACCGGGAGCUGCUGCGGCAAGGUGCCACGCCGGCCAUCGUGGGCAAGCGACGGAAGGCCAGCCCAAAUGAGGAGGAGGUGGAGAUGGAGCUGUUCACGCCCGGGGCGGCCAAGAAAGCACGGCUCAUCCCGGAGGAGCAGGGCUUCAGGCGAUCCAGGUCACAUGGCAUGCCUGGCAUGCCUGGCAUGCCUAGUGGCCUCUUCAGUUCCUUUUUCGGCUUCUGAGUCAGCUUUGUCCACUGAGCGUUUUCCUCUAUGCGCCAGAGAGCCCGGGAGAAGAUUUGCCAUCAAGAGCCUGGACCAGGCAUCAGAUGCACAUUCGCUACACUGUGCCUCACUGUGCGACUGUGCAGAAAUGUUCACACCACGGCAGGUCAGCAU